ACAACAGUCAGGUGCAGUGUUGCCGGCGACUUCGAACGAAAACGACGCGCGUUCUUUUCAAAUUUGAAUCGUUGCGGAGCGCGCCGAUUCUAACUUAAUAAUACGAAGCUUUUUUUCUCAAAAAUCAUAAAAAAAGCUUGUGUGUUUUCGAACUAUGUGAGUGAAUACUUUAAUUGUGUUAUUUCGGAUUUCAAACGUUUUAUUUUUUUGGAGAUUUUAUUAAAAAGAAUAAAUCUUGUACAAAUUUCUGAGAGGUAUCGACCAAAACCGAAGUUACAAAGAAAAACCAUGACAUAAGUUAAAAUUUAUAAAUAGUCCAUAAUGCAAACGAUGGACUCUCGGAUUGGUUUAGAUUUUAUCGUGGAAAAUCCGGAAUACAUCCGGAAACUAGCUGCAGCUUUAGACACGAACAACAUAACAGUAAAAAAGCAAGUUUUCGAAUUGUUAUCCGCCCUUUGUGUUUAUAACGAAGAGGGUCACAGUCGGGCUUUGGACACGUUAGAUCAUUACAAGAAAUUGAAAGGUGAACGAUAUAGAUUGAGUUUGAUAGUAAAAGAACUCGAUCAUGCUACAAUUGUUGAUUAUCAAACUGCUUUAGUCGCGUUUAUAAACUGUUUGAUCAUCUCAACGCAUAGAUUAACGGAUAGGACGAGAUUGAGGAAUGAAUUUAUAGGAUGUCAUCUGCUUCCUGUUCUUAAUAACUUACGAAAAUGUGCCGAGGCAGAACCGGAAUUAGCAGUCCAAUUGGAUGUUUUCGACGAACAACGAGAAAGCGACGAUUCUCAAAGCAUGCAAGGUCCCCAUGGGGUUGAUCUAAAUUCGCCUUUAGAUGUUUUUUAUGCAAUUCUCAAACAGGUGGCUGAAACCCCCCAAGAAAUUCCCUUUUUAAGCAUCCUCCAACAUCUUCUUCGAAUUGACCCAAAAGAAGCUGUAAGCGAUAUAAUUUGGGACACAGCUGAAAGAUUAGUGCAUAGAGCGACUUUAAUUGAAAAUCGUGGGGAUGCAGCGAAAUUAUUGAGAACUCCAAGUGUUCAAUCGAGUAAUAAAGUUUAUUUUUGUCAUUGUCAACAUAAUAAUAAUAAUAGAAUUGGGGAUUUUGGAACGGGGAGUAACCCAGGAAGUCGAAAACAAUCUCUUAUAACCGGAUCACAAAGUAGUAUACCUUUAUUAAGCCCACCCCCGAUAACAUCGCCACCUCCUCCGCCGCCACCACCGCCAAACAUCCCACCACCACCUCCAAACAUACCUCCAGCUCCACCAGCGGAACCUCCAAUAAUUCCCCCACCUCCAAUGAUGAAAAAUAACACAAAUCUAAAUUCAAAUUUAAUGCUAAAUAAAUCGAAUUUAAAUAAAAAUCAAAAAAUAGAAAAAUUACCUCAAUUGGAAACGCCCCAACCAAAAAUCAAAAUGAAAACGAUUAACUGGAAUAAAAUUCCGAGUAACAAAGUGGUGGGAAGGAAUAAUAUCUGGAGUCAAGUUGCGUAUAGACACCAAAAUUCGCCAAUGGAAGAUAUGGAUUGGAGUGAAAUGGAGGGAUUAUUUUGCCAACAAGCACAAAAUGUUGGUAAUCAAUCGCCGAAAUUAAGCGGUAAUCGAGAUUCUGGUGGAUUUGAUAACGAGAGAAGGGUGAGGAAAGAAAAUUCAGAGGUCACUUUAUUGGAUGGAAAAAGAAGUCUAAAUGUUAAUAUUUUUUUGAAACAAUUUCGAAGUUCGAACGAAGAUAUAAUUCAAUUAAUAAAAGACGGCGAACAUGACGAUAUUGGGGCGGAAAAAAUUAAAGGAUUAUUAAAAAUCUUACCGGAAGUAGAUGAAAUGGAUAUGCUUAAAUCUUACGUUGGCGAUUUUAAUAAAUUGGGGAAUGCGGAAAAGUUUUUAUUACAACUUACUAGUUUACCAAAUUAUAAGUUAAGAAUUGAAAGCAUGUUAAUUAAAGAGGAAUUCGCGGCUAAUAUGGGGUAUUUAGAACCGAGUAUUGAAUCUAUGAUAGCAGCAGCUAAAGAUCUGAUGACCAAUAAACCAUUACAAGAAGUUUUAUACAUGAUUUUAGUAGCUGGAAACUUUUUAAACUCAGGUGGUUACGCCGGAAAUGCAGCUGGAGUAAAACUUUCAUCUUUACAGAAGAUAACGGACAUUAGAGCUAAUAAACCUAACAUGAACUUAAUACAUUUCGUUGCUUUACAAGCUGAAAAAAGAAAUAAGAAGUUAUUAUCGUUUACCGAUAAUACAAGUGUUCUGGAAGAUGCUGCAAAAACAACCGUUGAACAAUUACAGAACGAAAUCAACACUUUGGACUCGAGAAUUAAAAAAAUUAAGAAACAAAUUGAAUUGCCCACAACUGAACAUGAUAUUAAGCAUCAAAUGAGUGAAUUUCUUAUGAUGGCCGAACGUGAAGUAGAACAACUCCAAGAAAGUCUCAUUCAAUUAGAAAACGUUCGAAUUCAAUUAACAGACUUUUUCUGCGAAGACAUUAACACAUUCAAACUGGAAGAAUGUUUCCGGAUAUUUCACGGAUUUUAUUGCAAAUUUAAACAAGCUGUAACUGAAAACGAACGGAGGCGGUUACAAGAAGAGCAGGCUAACGCAAGAAGGAGGCAAAGAGAGGAAUUAUUAGCUACGAAAAGACGUCAAAUGGGAUUAGUUGGAAGUCCUGAUUCAGAAAUUAUUGAUACUCAGAUUUACGAUUCAAGAUCUGGUUUUCAAAUGAAAAAAGGAAGAAAACCCGGAAGUGGAAGUAACGUAACAUCUGAAGAAGAAAUAUCGAGUAUUCCUGGAUCGCCAUGUUUAAAUCGAAAAAGACUCGGUUCUUUCAACGGCGAUAACUCAAACUCCAAAGAAGAAAAAUCUCCUGAUAUAACUCCGAAUGGAAGUUUGCGACGCCGAAGAAGUCGGGUUCUCUCCGAAGAAGAUGAAGGAACCUUAAUGGAAUUUUUAAGAAGUUCUUCUCAUCACCAAUCGAACGGAAAUGAUGCUUCAAAUCGGGAAAGAAAAUCUUGGGGGAGUUUAGAUCGAUCUUGGGCUCGGAGAGCUCGUGGAAGUGGACCAUCAAGAAAAAGACCAACUUUGCUAUCAGCCGAUUUCUCUUCAGAUCGAGAACGACCAUCAUCACCUUCACCUUUAGCAGAAGAAGCAAAAAGUGACGUUUUCGAUGAAAAAAAUCAAUCAACGAAGAAAGAAUGGAGACAAAAAAUUGAAUCUUGGCUACAAGCGAACGAAAACGAUCAAGUUGUUGAAGAAAAUAUAAACAGAAGACAAGACAGAAGAAGAAUGAUAACAAACACAAACAGAAAGUCUUUGGAAAUUGAUUCAGAAAGCGAUCGAAGUAAUAAUACUUUAGACACUUUACCCGAAGGAAAACAAGUUUACACAGGCGGUCAAAAUAGUUAUAGAAAAGUUUAUCCCGAUUGGAAACCUUCCGUUGCGAUUGAAAAUGCGGAUGUUGUUGGGGCAAUGGAAGCCGUUGAGGAAGUUCAACCCCAAGUUAAAGAUAAAUCAGCGUGGAGAAAAUCAAAUUUAAACGUCGCGAAUAGCACUGAAGAAACUAAAGAAGAUUCUAGAUUUAGAUAUCACACUUUACCAAGAACCAGAAUCGAAAUAACCGAAGAAGAAGACGAUGAUAACAGAAAAUCUUUAAUUGCUUCUUUAGGAGAGAAACCUGCUCAUGAUCGGUUAACACUAUAUAUUCGAAGACCAAGUGAUACCCCAUCAAACCCCUCAGAAAAAAGUAACAUUUCAAAACACGAAGUUGAUGGUGCUCAAGAAGAAAUGAUCAGUAAUAAAGUUGAAAUUGAUCAAGAUAAUAUCGAAACACCCCCAGCAAUCAGAAAAAUUUUUACUCCAUCACCCGUUGAUAAACGAGAACCGAUUCAACCCAGUCCUUGUAGAAGACUUUUAGGAAGAUCUUCGUUGCCUUCAAAAGAAUCUUCAUCUCUACACAGUCCCGAAGAAAUCGAACCAAAAGAAACGUUAGGAGAUGGUCAAUUUGAUCGAUUUUCAGCAACGAGACGUACAAGAAGAUUUAAAAGACAAUCAGAAAUUAAUCCAAUGGAAACUUCAUUAACAUCAGCAUCUUCAUUACAAUCUUCAUCUCCAUCCAGUCCAUCAUCGGGUCAAACUGAAUUAAUAGCGGAGAAAGAGAUUAUAAAUGUAAAUCAAAUGGGCCAAAUUGAAUCUUCAAUUCCAGUGAAUAUUGGGAAGGCAGAUGAUAGAGAUGCAAGGUUAAAAGCGUGGCAGGAACGAUUAAAAUGCCAAAAUGAUGUUGGGGAGGUUAAGGUGCAUAGAAGGAGUAGAAAUCAAACUGGGAUUAAUCAAGACGAUGUUAAAAUGGCUUUAAAAUUUAAAAUUAGUGCUCCUAUUGAUAUUGAACCGGAAAAGAGGGUUUCGAAAAGUUAUUUAACUACGGAUGAAUCUAAUGCCGAAACUAAAGAUAACCCAACUCGAAAAACCAAAGAAGACGAUGAAGGUUUCGAAGAAAAUUUGAGUUUAAUGUCGGAAAGUCCGAGCCAAGGCGCCUCUUCCUCAGCUAAUUACGACCCGGAUACUGUUAGCGAUGAAAAAGAGGCUGUUUUAACAUCAACAAGGGAAUCAAAACAUAAUCAAAAAGGGAAUGUUAUUAAACCUAAAGAAAAAUUAAAAAGUAUCCCGAUAAAACCAAUAUCAAAUAAAAUUGAGCCGAAAAGACCAAUUUUUGAUCGAAAUAAUUCUUUGAGGCACUCAACGGUUGUUUUGAGUCAAGAUUCAAAGAAAAGUGUUAUUCCAAGGAGGACAAAUAGUUUAAGAAAACCCGACUCUCAAAGUAAUAACAUCAAAAAAAAUAUUAAUCUUAGCGGAAAUAAAAUUUUGAAUGAAGUUCAAAGAUCUUCAUCGAGAAAUAGUAUCGGUAGCUCGAGAACUUCGAUUAAUAGUUCAACAUCGACGAAUACAGUUAAAAAGUUACCGUUAAAAUCUGGAUUAAAUAAUAAAAAUUUUCACUCGGGAAAAAUUCAGGGAAACUUAAAUGGAAAUAAAUUGAUGGGAAAUAAUAAUAAUAAUAAAACUUCUUCGGUGGUGAAUUUAAAGAGAAGUUCGAGUGUUAAUCAACAAAAACCGCCGAUGAAGCCGUUUAUUUCUUCGUCUUCUUCAAAUCGAGAUUUUAUGAAACCAACUACUUCGAGUACUACUAAAAUUAAUAAUAACACGAAUAGUGGUGGUUCUUUAGGCAGAUUUGGUUCUUUUAGAGGUGGAAAAUUUUAAAUUUAAAAAAAUUAUGAGGAGAAUACUCAAAUUUAUUUUUCUGUAAGAAUCUCAAAAAGAAAAAGAAAAAUUAAUAGUCACAAUAAAUAGGUUACCAAGUGGUGUUAUUUUUGAAAAAUUAGGAGAGAAAGAACAACUUGUAACUAGUCAAGAUGUAUUUAAAGCGAGAUAUCGUUUUAAAUUGGAGUUUUUGUCGAAAAGGUACUUAUUUUUUAAGAAAUAAUUAGAUUUAUAGAAUUUUAAUCAAUUCACUCUCUAAUUAAAAAAGAUAUCUUUAAAAUUUGUUUUAAAAUAUUUUUUUUAUAUUAAAUUAGUUAAUUAAUUUAAUCGAUCGUAUAGAAUUACACAGUAUUAGUCUCAAAUAAAAAUAAAAACUAACACUUUACUUAUUAUUAAUUUAAAUUUAUUUUCUUUAUAUAUUAUUCAGUUUUAAACGAAAUCUAAAAAUCUAUAUCUUUAAAUUCUAAUCGAUUAAUGGACUAAUUCUGUUUUUUACGUACUAUUUAUUUGUUACCAAAAGAAAAUGUGUAAACUAUCACACAAAAAAAAUAAAUUGUAUAAAGAUUUCA